AUAUCAUCGGCAUGGCCAUCGACGGCUUGACAGCUCUAGCAGGCCGGGCAAAUUUGUGAACAAGCGACAAUUCCUACCUUUUUUUCUUUCCUACGUGAGCCUCUCGAACGUGGGACUCGCGAACGGACUUGUUUUCGAACCCACAGAAGCCGCAGUUGCGCACGAUCGCCGAGCGGCGGCCGUCAAAAAGGGAAGGAACGCGCCAAACGCACACACACAUUCGGCUGGCAAUCGCAUCAGUCACCGCGGCCACGCUCAUUCGCUUGGGAAAUACGAGGAAUUGCGAAUCCAAAACUUCCUGGCGGGAACUGCAGAGCGGACCAAACAAACCGACCAAAAUCAUCAAUCUUGGCUAACGAGGCACAGGCGCCAUGAGCGUGGACACGUACGCGCCCAGCUCGGCGCUGUCGUUCCUGGACAUGGACGACAACGAGCUACUGCCAGGAGCGGACACGCAGCCGACGCAGUACGACUACCGCGACUUCACGAUGCCCUCCACCUCGCAAAGUCAGACGCAGAACGAUCAGCUGGAGCUGCACCCACGUCGUUCUGGCGGCGAUGCGCAUCCGCGACUGGCCAGCAUCACCAACGACCUGGCCGAUCUGCAGUUUGAGGAGGAAGACGACGAGGCCGGCAGUUCGUAUGUGAAGGAGCUGCCCGCGCACGCCUGCAAAUACUGCGGCAUCCAUGAUCCGGCCACGGUGGUCAUGUGCAACAAUUGCCGCAAGUGGUUCUGUAACGGACGCGGCAGCACUUCCGGUUCGCACAUCAUCAAUCACUUGGUGAGGGCCAAGCAUCGGGAGGUAACACUGCACGCCGAAGGACCUCUGGGCGAAACGAUCCUCGAGUGCUAUUCGUGCGGUGUGCGCAACGUCUUUGUGCUGGGCUUCAUACCGGCCAAGGCCGAUUCCGUGGUUGUGCUGCUCUGCCGACAGCCUUGUGCGGCCCAGAAUUCGCUGAAGGACAUGAACUGGGACCAGGAACAGUGGAAGCCGCUGAUCGCGGACCGCUGCUUUCUCCCCUGGCUGGUCAAGCAGCCCAGCGAACAGGGCCAGCUGCGAGCGCGCCAAAUUUCGGCCGCGCAGAUCAACAAGCUGGAGGAGCUGUGGAAGGACAAUAUCGAGGCCACGUUCCAGGAUCUGGAGAAGCCGGGCAUCGAUUCGGAGCCGGCGCAGGUGCUGUUGCGCUACGAGGACGGCUAUCAGUACGAGAAGACCUUUGGGCCUUUGGUUCGCCUCGAGGCGGAUUACGACAAGAAGCUGAAGGAGUCGGCCACGCAGGAGAACAUCGAGGUGCGCUGGGACGUGGGCCUGAACAAGAAGACCAUCGCCUACUUCACCCUUGCCAAAACGGAUUCGGACAUGAAGCUCAUGCACGGCGAUGAGCUGCGGCUGCGCUACGUGGGCGAGCUGUACAAUCCGUGGAACGAGAUCGGGCAUGUGAUCAAGGUGCCGGAUAACUACGGCGAUGACGUGGGCCUGGAGCUGAGAUCCUCGUCGAAUGCGCCGGUCAAGUGCACGAGCAACUUCUCGGUGGACUUUAUUUGGAAAUGCAACUCCUUCGAUCGAAUGACGCGCGCUUUACGCAACUUUGCCAUGGACCGCAACUCGGUCUCGAAUUACAUUUACUCGCGCCUUUUGGGCCACGGACGUCCCGAUGCCAACGACGAGGUGCUGUUCCGCGGUCCCCAGCCCAAGCUCUACAGUGCCCCGCAUCUGCCGGACUUGAAUCGCAGUCAGGUGUACGCAGUGAAGCACGCGUUGCAGCGUCCGCUGUCGCUGAUUCAGGGACCGCCGGGAACGGGUAAAACCGUGACCUCGGCCACGAUCGUCUAUCAGCUGGUGAAGCAGCACGGCGGCACCGUCCUGGUGUGCGCGCCCAGCAACACGGCCGUGGACCAGCUGACGGAGAAGAUCCACCGCACAAACCUGAAGGUGGUGCGCGUUUGCGCCAAGAGUCGCGAGGCCAUCGACAGUCCGGUGAGCUUCCUGGCCCUGCACAACCAGAUUAGCAACAUGGAGACCAACUCGGAGCUGAAGAAGCUGCAGCAGCUGAAGGACGAGACCGGCGAGCUGAGCUCCGCGGACGAGAAGCGCUAUCGCAGCUUGAAGCGGGGAACGGAGAACCAAUUGCUCGAGGCUGCCGACGUUAUUUGCUGCACUUGCGUGGGCGCCGGCGAUGGUCGGUUGUCGCGCAUCAAGUUCACCUCGAUCCUGAUCGACGAAUCGAUGCAGUCGACGGAGCCGGAGUGCAUGGUGCCCGUUGUGCUGGGCGCCAAGCAGCUGAUCCUCGUGGGCGACCACUGCCAAUUGGGACCGGUGGUGAUGUGCAAGAAGGCGGCGCGCGCCGGCCUCUCGCAGAGUCUCUUCGAACGCCUCGUGGUGCUGGGCAUCCGUCCCUUCCGACUGGAGGUGCAGUACCGUAUGCAUCCCGAGCUCUCGCAGUUCCCGUCCAACUUCUUCUACGAGGGAUCGCUGCAGAACGGCGUCUGCGCCGAGGAUCGUCGCCUGAAGCUCGAUUUCCCAUGGCCGCAGCCGGAGAGACCGAUGUUCUUCCUGGUGACGCAGGGCCAGGAGGAGAUCGCCGGCUCCGGCACCUCGUUCCUCAACCGCACCGAGGCGGCCAACGUGGAGAAGAUCACGACGCGAUUCCUCAAGGCGGGCAUCAAGCCGGAGCAGAUUGGCAUCAUCACGCCGUACGAGGGACAACGUGCGUACCUCGUGCAGUACAUGCAGUACCAGGGCAGCCUGCACUCGCGCCUCUACCAGGAGAUCGAGAUCGCCAGCGUGGACGCGUUCCAGGGUCGCGAGAAGGACAUCAUCAUCAUGUCCUGUGUGCGCUCGAACGAACGCCAGGGCAUCGGUUUCCUCAACGAUCCGCGUCGUCUUAAUGUGGCCUUGACUCGCGCCAAAUACGGCAUCAUCAUUGUGGGCAACCCCAAAGUGCUGGCCAAGCAGCAGCUGUGGAACCACCUGCUCAACUUCUACAAGGAUCGCAAGGUGCUGGUCGAGGGAUCGCUGAACAACCUCAAGGAGUCGCUGAUCCACUUCCAGAAGCCGAAGAAGCUGGUGAACAGCAUGAACAUCGGAGCGCACUUCAUGUCCACCAUGAUAGCGGAUGCCAAGGAGGUGAUGGUGCCCGGUUCCAUUUACGAUCGCAGCGGAGGCUAUGGUCAGGGUCGCCAGCUGCCGGGACAAACGAUGAACGGCGGUCAGUUCGGCAGUGGUGGUGGUGGCGCCGGCGCAGGAGGAGCAGGUGGUGCCAGUGGUCCCUACGGAGGUUCUCCCCUGGGCUAUGGUGCUCCCGGCUCGAAUUCCGUGAUGGGCUUUGGCGGUACUGGCGCUGCCGGUGGCAACAACAACUUUGGCGGCGCCGGCGGCACGGGACCAAGUUGGGCGGCUGCCCAUCUGCACCACGACUCGAUUGGCUACAUAUCCAGCGAACACGGAGCGGCGGCGCUGGGCAACAUGCCGGUGCCCGUGGGCAUGUUCAUGAACAUGAGCAACCUGCCGCCGCGGUUCUACAAUCAGCACCAGCAGGCAAUCAUGGCGGCCAAGCAGAAUAGAGCGAUGCAGCAGCAGUCGGGCAACUUCUCCACGGCAGCGUCGUCGGGACUCGGAGUCGGUGGCUCUGGAGCUAGCUCUCUGGCCGGCGGCAACAAGAAGUCCCAGAAGUUGGGAAAAUCUCGUGGAGCGGCGGGCCAAGUUGGCGGUCCAGCGGCGGCAGGAGGAACCGGUGGACAGGCGGGCGCGGGAAGCGGAGCCACUCCAUUCAGCCAGCUGCCGGCGCCCUUGUCGCUCCAGAUGACGCAGCCCAGCGGCCUGGCGCUCUCCCAGCAGCCGGAGCUGUCGCAGGACUUUGGACAAAUAUCGCAGAUGGACGGUCUGCUCUCACAGGAUGUGGCCUUUAACGUGUCGGGCGAACGCAGUUUGAAUCAAUUCUCACAGCCUUAUUGAGAAACCGGCCGGAGGUGCACCAACUACAAACGAUUAAAAGCAACCCAAAACGAAACAACAACAAACUCAACUUUGAAGUCAUCAACAAGGAGUAGCAUCAGUAGGCAGCAGGAACAAAGCGGAGAGGACUAUCACGGGAGCAACGACAGAUGCGGGAAACAGCGCGACCUAGGAACAUGAGUACGAGCGGGACAUUAGGAAGACAACGAGAGACGGAUAUGGGGACGGAGAUGGCGAUACGAGGAGUGAGUUUUAGCGGCGAUAAAGGAGGAGUUAAAUGAGGAUCAUGAGGAGAUGUCGGUCGGAUAUGUCGAGAAAUGGAGAGAGAGAGAUAGAGAGAACGAGUGAGAGAGGGAGAGCACAUCACUGUAGCAGCAGGAUGCACUGCAGCCGCCAGCGAGCCACGCAGAUGUUCCCGUAACGCCGCGGGCCAUCCAAGUCAUGGCCAGGCGACCCUUGGCCACCAUUUUUGGCCACGAGCGGUACGCUCCGAGGACAGGUGGUGGUGGUGGUGGUGGCGGCCCACGGACACGGAUGAGCCACGGAUGAACGAACCUGCGCCGGCAAGGCGCCACACACAAAGUGCCCUUGCAAAACGACGAUGGACGACGGACGGACAACUUCUCGACACGUUUCUUUUUGUUAUUGCCAAUGCCAAUGCCAGGAAUGGGAUUCGCAGCCGGAGCCUUAAACGCAAACGCAACCACUCCCGCCCAGGACACGUAUUCACCAAGUGGCUUACCUUCAAACCUUCUUGUGGCCUCCAGUGCAGCAGCCAAUCUUUAGCUCCUGUUCUUACCCCUUUCCUCAACCUUAAAAAAUCAAAAACUAUAAAUGAAAAGAACUCGGUUUACUCACACCGAAUUGCCCACUGUUGUAAAUUUCGUAAACAUUUUGGACUCCCUUUUGAUUUCUGUAUGCAUUUGUUAUCCUAACAAAAAAAAAAAAACAACAAACAAAACAAGCAAAAAAAAAAAAACAAAAGAAAAGAAAAGAACAAGACAAAACCAAAACAAAAUCAAAUUCUAAAAUAUGGAUACACAAUUUUUAAUCGCACGGGAACGCUGGCGACCCCAAAGCGGAUGCAACUUUACAGAGCUGAUUGGAAAUUGGAUGAUUGAUGAUGAGGAAACGCGUUGCGAUCUUCCACCUUUAAAAAAACAACACAACCACACACCACCCAAUAUUAAACGGACCGAACGAUCGGAUGGAUGGGUCAAGAUCAGAAAUGGUUAAUAUUAAUUAAUAUUAAUGCAGUUACAGAUGCCUGUUAAUUGUUUUUAAAACGAUAUGAAAAUGGUAUAUUUUUUCUAUAUAUGUGAGUUAAUUCUUUCCCUACGCGACACUUUAAUUCAAGAAAAUGAAACAUUUUUUUUUUUGAAAUUCUAAAUAAAGAAUUUAAGUUUUCCCUUGCGAAAAACAAUUAACAA